UCGCUGGAAGCCGGAUGAAGGAGUAAUAUUCGGAUGGCCGGAUUGAAAACUCUAGGGGGCCGAAUGUGGCUCACAGGCCGCCAGUUGACGUUCACUGGUAUGACCUGCUGACAUGACGGAGAGUUUGAAGACACGGUUUGAUUUCCCUAGCCCCAUUAUACAAGCCCAGACAGUGAGAAAUCUUGUUGCUGCUGUCUUAAAGGAAAAAGGGUCAAAUGGGCAGAUCACCCAGUCCUCUGCCCAGGGCCCAGCAUUGGACGCUCUGUGGCAGCAGUGCUGCAGUGACUGUGCUGUGGUGUCUUCAGCCUGCUGUGACACCUUGGUGUUAUUGGUGGAUCAGGGCCACGCAGACCUGCAGUACGUCCUCAAUGGUGUCCUCAACCUCCUGCCUUCUGCAAGAAACACUCAGGGGUUGCUAAAAGUCAUCCGGCGAUUGCUAGAGAUGCAGGCUGACCAGAGAGACAAAGAAGCACACUUCACCUGUCCUUAUUCUGUCAGGAGCAGCCCUCACCCAUACAUCACAGCCCUGGAGAAUAGAGUGGACUGCUGGCCAGCUCUGCUGCUCGAGAUAGAUAACUUCAUCCGGCAGGCUGCUGACAGAAAUAAAACGGCUUACAUCAUCAUGCUGGCCCCUUUCCUGCGGUACCUGUACUGUGAACCUCACAGGCAACCCCAGCACUUACUCCUUCGACACAGUCUCCUUACCAUGAUACUUCCCGUUCAGCGAGGAUCCAGAUCAGUCCCCCAGAACAAGGACCAGGAAGAGACCUCACCUGUGUCUGACAGCCUUCUGCUCUGUCUCUGUCAACUGGUUCCACACAUGCAGGUGGACAGCGUGGAGGCAAUCAUGGAGCUGUGUGCAUUUGUGGGUGCUCUUCUUGAAGAUCUCAUUGGGGCUCGUGGAGACCAGUGGAAAACCGAGAGAGCAGGCAUGGCUCUGCAACUGCUGUGUGCCUGUCGGCGAUGCCUUGAGUUGAAUGGAGACUGCAGACCACUCCUCAGCUUAAUACAGCAGCUCCUGCCAGCCUGUCAACAGGAGUUGCUACUGGAUGAGCUGUUGAUGGGUGUGGCGCUGCUCUUGUUAGAGGCCCCUUCAGAACAACAGACCGGCCUGCUAAGACUUGCACUGAGUUUGGCCCCUGAACAGGCGGAGGUGUUGCCCUGGUUGAGUCCGGUCCUGAUUUUUCCUGUGCUGCAGGUGUUGUCCUGUUUGGGACUCACUGAGCCGCUGUCUGACCAGAAUACACACAGCACCAACCAGAGCCUGGCUCACAGCCUGCUGCGCAGCAUCAGCAGGCCAACAGAUAAACCCCCACAGCCUGGCCCCUCACUGCCGCAGUCUCUCAGUUCCUGGUGUAGCGAGCUCAGCGUGGCUCUGUCCAUACUGCGCAAAGUGGCUAACGAUCCAGCAUCAGCAGCUGAUUGGCUGCUGGCGGUCAGCUCUGCCCUGUCGUCCAGCCAGCGCCUGUCUUCCCCCCUUGUCCUCAUUGUGACUCAUCUCAUCAUCACGGAUCAGGAAGACGUCUGCCAGCUGGCUUUGAAAGCAAGCCAGGCCAUCGCUGCUGCUGACCCCUGCCAGGUCCCUUCCCUCAUGCUGGUUCUUUUGUUCAAACUGACCAGGGAAAAGAAUCCAUGCCUAGCUCAUGCUGUCCUCCAGUGCCUGCCAAACCUUGGGACUCAUAAGCUCUGUUUUCCCAUCGUGCUGCACGCUCUUCACAUGCUGGCCAGCUGCCCCAAGCUGAGACCAGUGGCAAUGCGCCUCAUGACUGCUCUCUGGAAGAAACAGGACCGGGUCUACCCAGACCUGCAGCGUCUAAUGGGCCAGCAAGACAGCAGAGUAAUGGUGGGGAGGGACACCCAGUGGGAGCAGAUCCUGGCCCGGGCCGCCUGCAUCAGGGACAUCUGCAAAGAGAGGCCUUACCAGCAUGGAGGUGACAUGUUGGCUGCCAUAUCACUCACUUUAAAAUGGUGCAACAGACCAGACCUGGCAACUCCUGCUGCUCUCGCCCUGCAAGGACUACAGGAGCUGUGUCGCGCAGAGGUAGUAGAUAUUAUCUCAACAUGGAGAAAUCUUCAGCCUGAGCUAAGCUGUGACUCCCGGCCAGUGGUGAUUCGAGCCAUAACUGAGCUUCUGGCUCUUGUUCCCGAGCUCACAGUUAAGUCAGAGGAGUAUGAGAAAUUGAAAGAAGAGGUGGUCAGCUUUCUCUGGAAUUAUGUUGUAAGCGAGGAUCCAGAGGUGGCCAGCUGUGGCUACAGGGCUUUAGCAAACUUUCCUGAAGUGGACCACACCAUAAAUCACCUUCCUGAGGCAGCCAGACCAGCUACAAAGCUCCCUGAAAAUGAGGAUGAUGAAGAGAGUAAAGAAAAAGAGGAAAAUGAGCAGGAUCUCUCCAUCCCAGGCUCAUCUUAUGUGAAGCUGAUAGCUCUUACUGCCCCAUCUGUUCUUCCAGCCUUUGAGCUCUUCUUGACAUCACUGGUGAAGCAGGAGAUGACUCAGAUGCCACGGGGAAUAUACUUCUCAGCCUUGAGAGGGGGUGGCCUACGUUCAGACCAGGGCAAAACUGUGGCAGGAAUCCCAUUUUUCAUGCUGAAGACCUAUGAGAAAAACAAGCAGCCUGGGCUGAAGCCAGGACUAGCAGCUGGGCUACUUCUCUCGUACAACUUACCUGUGCAGACUGAUCGCGUUGGUAGACCAAUCAGUCGGUUCCUCAUCAGCCGCAGCCGCAGCUACCAGCAGACCCUGACAGCCCUCAUUCAUGAAGUGAACAUUCAGCCCUCUGAGUGGCACCGUGCCCUCCUCCUGCCACAGGCCUGGAGGGGUUUCAUGAGGCGAGCUUUCUACGCUGUCCUAGAGGGUCGACGUGCUGAAUUGGAGAUGCAGCAGAAACAAAGCAAAGAGAACCCACAGGAGCUGCAGUACAAACAGCACUGCGCCUGGCUGUGGGCCAGAGAUCAGCUGGCAGACGUCAUCAAAGGUGCUGCAAAAGACAGUCCUGUUGUUCAGGGAAACUCCAUCCUGGCUCUUAGUGGCCUGGCUACUGUUCUUGCUAAGUAUGAGAGCAACCUGCCUGCUGAUAGCGAUGGCAGCCUUGGGGCUGGACCAGAGUUUGUUCCCACUGCUACCUGGCUGACUAUGGUGCUUGACACCCUGCUCAGCAUAAUCAGCAGCAGCUACAAGGCAAAAGGUCAAGUUUUCCCCUGGUUCCUGCAUCGCUCCUACUCGGGUGAGAACACAGCAAGUGCCAUAGCUCGCUCCUGUGCAAGCUUGUCCUUGUCGCUGCUUGUCUCAGUGCUCAUGGCGUGGCAGAGAGAUGGUCUGAUCCAGGUACUGUCAGUGCUGCAGGCCAGCCUACCGGGCUCCCCUACUGCAGAUGACUCCCAAGCUAUCCAGUUCCACUCUGGUCUUGGGCUCGGUAUGGUGCUGUGCAGUCUGCAGCACCAAUGCCUCAGCGAAGAAUUGGCCCAGAAGGAUGCAGAUCUCAUCUUCAGCUCUCUGGAUGCUCUGGAAAGCUCCUCCUUCAACCCCAACUUGGAAUACAAUACUGGCUGUAUCCUGGGUCUGGGUCUAGUGCUCUCUGCCUUCUGCAGCAGUGGACAGACGAAUCAGCACGUCCGCGUCACCCAAACACUUGACAAGCUACUGGCCAAAUUGCAGGACUGCAGUGGACAGGGACGCAUGGUGCAGGAGGUCUUGGCAUACUCUGUUGCAUGUGUGAGCGUUUCAGCAUUCAGUGGCGGUCUUAUUGACGCUGCCAAGGCUGAGGAGGUCAUGGACACUCUUCGCACGCUGACUGAGGAGAGCCAGCAGACCCCAGGCUUCUCCCUGGCUCUCGGGUUAGUGGUCCAUGGCCUGUCAGUGUCCGGCCACGGUAAAGCAGAGAGCAUCCACCCUCACCUGCUGGCUGCCUGGAUCAAAAUCUUACUCGCUGAGGGCUGUCCCACUAUGCAACGAUUGGCUGCUGUCAACGGCCUCGUGGCUUUAGUAGGAUCGGAGAGUUAUCUCAUUCAGCUGAAGAGUGAGGUUGAGCUUGGCUCAAAGCAGCAGAGCAGACUGAAUGAGGUUAUUCGGGCCAUUACACAGAUUGUAACGUUCUCCGGAGCCAUUGGUUUGCAGUCCAACAGUGCCUGUUUGCUGGGCCAUUUGCAUCUGGCCCACAUGUCCACCAGUCACAGUCACACAGCAGUUCCUCCAGAUUUUAGUUACCUGACAGAGAGAAGUGUCAUCAGAUCCAUCACUGAAUUUAUCACUGAAGCUGGCAAAAAAGGUCCGCAAUUCUUCCACCCAGCUCUGGUUAAGACUGCUCUGGCCCCCUUGGCAUCAGUUGGAGCCACUUUCCAGUAUCCUCCCAUUAACUGGAGCGCUGUUCUUUCACCUUUAAUGAGGCUUAGCUUUGGAGAGGAUGUACAGCAUCAGUGUGUUGUACUAGCAGCCUGUCAAGCUCAGUCUUCCCAGAGCGCUGCUCUCUUUCUGGGUUCCUGGCUGUCACCGCCCCUUGUGCACAGUCUCAGUUACCAGACUCGGGCCCACCUCUAUGAGACUCUGGGCUUGUGGAUGAAGCAUGUGGCUGAGGACAAGUUCCAGGUCUACUUGGAGAGUUUGGGGGUGCAGCAGUUUCAGGAGGACCUCCGGCCCCAGCGUAUGUCCCUGUGUCGCUCUCUGCUGCAGGGCCUUGCUCAGGCCAUGUCCCUCCCAAACCCCCCCCAGAACUGCUGGGCCAUUCUCUGCUCUACCAUGGAGAAGAUCUUCACUUUCCUGCCAAACCAAAUCCAGGAUAAUGAAGUGGACCUGUAUGUGGGCAUUGCCAAGUGUCUGUCUGAGAUGUCUGACACAGAAAUUGAGAGGAUCACACACGUCUCGGAGGCACAAAUGGAAAAGACCUGCUUCAUCCUGGCUUACCUGACCUCUCAGGGCAGGGUUCCCCUCCUUAGUCUUAAUGAUGUCAUUGCUGGGGUCCUCCGCGGUUGGCCAAGCCACAGAGUGGGCUGGCUCCUCCUGCAGACGUUUUACCAAUGUUGCCUGGCAGAGAGCAUCAAUACAGGCAUCUCCAAACGAAUGGAGUGGCUCCUGGAGCUAAUGGGACAUAUCAGAAAUGUUGCCUAUGGUGUAACAGUCGUCCAGUGUGGAGACACCAAAAUGGCCACUGACUUCCUCUUCCAGCUCUUUGCUGGUGUUGUAGUUUCCUGGAGUGACGACAUCAUACCGAUCCUCUUUGGCAUCCGGGUCCAGUGGUUUCCGUGGCAGCCAGACCCCAAGCCUCAAACGGUCACGCACAGUCUCUAUGGCAACGAGUCGUCCAUUGAAAGCGCCCUGCCGCAGUGUCUGCUAGGAUUGUCCCAUAGCCUCCCUCGGCUAUUGGACAAAGAGCCCUGGAGGACUCACACCCCCAAGUUCAUAGACUGGCUUCUCAGCAUCAUGGAAGGUCCUGAACAGAAUCUGUCAACCACGACUGUCAGCACAGCCAAAGCUGCUCUGUUCGCUCUCAAGUCCUCUGCUGAGUUCAAGAAGAAAGCCGUGUGGACCAGAGCUUAUGGCUGGUAGCCCAGAAGAGCCCCAAUAACCUGCUGACGCAUACAGUCCAGCUUUGGUGCAUGAGUGGAAUCU